GACAACCUAUCCGUGUGGCCCCGGCGCUGGGCUGUCUGCGGGGGGGCUGCUUGGCCCCUAGAGCCUCCGGCCAUCGCGGGCUGUGCGAUUCGGGAUGAUUUCCAACGAGUUCAGAUGCCGAUGGCUCCUCAAGAUAUCAGUGUUAAGUUUAGGACUUGGACUUGUUUUAUUUAUAUUCAGCAGUGUGUUCCUCCAAGCAGAGUUCUUCAAGUCAGAGCUGCCGCAGCCUGCUUCCAGUGGCCCAAUGCAGAAAUUUCUACCUGAGAAGCAUCUCAGGAGGCUCUUCAGCUACGAGGGGAUCUGGCUCUUCCCUCAAAAUCAGUGCCAAUGUAGAACCCAUGGAAAACAACAAGGAUAUAACUUUAAGAGCGCCUACAAUGAGAAGGAACUCCCAGAGGUGGAUGCCAGGAGACAGGCUGAGUUUGAGCACUUUCAGAGGAGAGAAGGUCUGCCUCGCCCACCACCUCUGCUGGCUAAUCCCAACCUCCCCUUUGGAUACCCAGUGCAUGGAGUAGAAGUCAUGCCCUUGCACACAAUUCCCAUCCCAGGUCUCCUGUAUGAAGGGCCUGAUGCCUCAGUGUAUGAGGUCACCUUGAAAGCUUCUCUGGGGAAACUAAACACUCUUGCUGACAUCCCAGAAGAUGUGGUGCAGGGCAGAGGCCAGAAACAGAUGACCAUCUUGACCAGGGAUCGGAAGAUUUUGAAUUUUGUCCUCCAACACGUGACAUACACCAGCACAGACUACCAGCACAACAGGGUAGACAUGGUGAGCUUGGAGUGCCAGUCCUCAGUAGCCAAGUUUCCUGUGACCAUCCGCUAUCCUGUCAUCCCCAAGUUAUACGACCCUGGACCAGAGAAGAAGCUCAGAAACUUGGUGACUAUCGCCACCAAGACUUUCCUCCGUCCCCACAAGCUUCUGGACCUGCUCAAGAGUAUUCGAGAGUAUUACCCAGACUUGACAGUAAUCGUGGCUGAUGACAGUGAAAAGCCCAUGGAAAUUAAAGACGAGUAUGUGGAGUAUUACAUCAUGCCCUUUGGGAAGGGUUGGUUUGCAGGGAGAAACCUGGCCAUCUCUCAAGUUACAACCAAAUAUGUUCUCUGGGUAGAUGAUGACUUCCUCUUCACCAACAAGACCAAGAUUGAGGUGCUGGUGGAUGUCCUGGAGAAAACAGAACUGGAUGUGGUGGGUGGCAGUGUGCAGGGAAACGUGUACCAGUUCAAGCUGUUGCUUGAGCAGGGUGAGAAUGGGGACUGUAUUCACCGAAGGCCGGGGUCCUUCCAGCGCCUCAACGGCUUCCCCAGCUGUGUGGUGACUGGUGGUGUUACCAACUUCUUCUUGGCCCACACAGAGCGACUCCAAAGAGUUGGCUUUGAUCCCCGACUGCAACGAGUGGCUCAUUCAGAGUUCUUCAUUGAUGGACUGGGGAGCCUGCUGGUGGGCUCCUGCCCACAGGUGAUCGUGAAUCACCAGUCCCGACAUUCAUCAGCGGACCCAGAGCUGGCUGCCCUGGAGAGGAACUACAGCAAAUACCGGACCAACACCAAAGCUCAGAUCCAGUACAAGCUGGCUCUGCAUUACUUCAAAAACCACUUCCAGUGUGGUACCUAAAGGCACAUGAUGCAGCGAAAAUACCUAUUUGACUGUCUGUGGGUAUCUGGAACUAUGGAACUUGCCAGCAGGGCUACCAAAAGUAGACUCCUCCCAACCUAAACAGGGACCCACACCCACUGGUGGAUAGGACAAGUGGAUAUGGCUGUCAAUGGAAGGACCAAUCAAAUGUUCAGGAGUAUUAGAAAUGGACCAAUCACCGAUCAGGGCAAUGGAGAAUAUUUCAAUAACAAAUUCUUUCUUAUUUGUGAAACAUUUGCACAUAGAUAUCUGGCCUCAUCUGAUCCAAUCUCAUGGAAAUGAAUAAACGGGUUGGUGUCCUGAGACAAAAGAAAGCUGCUGUGUGUGUGAAGAGUAUUGGUGGAAAUUAGCUUUGCUUUUGUGCUUGUAAUGGGGCUUGAACUCAGGAACCGUGUGCUCUCCCUUAGCUUUUCCCCUCAAGGCUGGUGCACAAC